UCCCAAAGAUUUAAAUGAAAGGGUUCCGUGAGAAUUUUCGGGUUAUUGCCAUAGAACAAACCGUUUUGAUGUAUGGACCAAAUGAUUUGUUUAGGCAUGGCUCAAGCCUGUGCCGCUGACCUCCGGCCGCCGGGCCCACCCCAGGGGAGCCCUGUAGCUUAGGGCCCAGCCCGCCCGGCCGGGGAGAGAGGGGAGGAGAAGGAGACCACGAAGAAGAAGAGGAAGACGAAAACGAAGAGGAAGAAGAGGAGGAAGGCGUGUCGGGGCGAGGGGGCUGAAGCCAGCCAGGCUGAGGACGAUGCUGCUGCCCUGGCUUCGGAUGCUGCUACUGCAAGAGAGCUGAGGAGCCGAGACACAGCGAAGAAGACCCCACACACACAAACAGGCGUACAGAGCUCCUUCACACGGCCCUCCGCCAGGGGGGACCCUUUUGCUGGCCUGGACCAUGAGCAAUGAGUCUGCCGUCUGGAACAUCCUACCAGAAAACUCCACAGGGAUCCCUCUAGGGGCGACAGGGAGGCAGGAUGGCUACGUUCUGCUCCUGGUGAUCCUGUCCAUCUUUCUGGUCGGGACCUUGGUCAUCAUCGCCGUCCUCCUGCUCGUCUGCCGCCGCUCUGGCCGACGGGGGCAGCGAUACGGCAGGGCCAGCGAUGACCCAGAGAAAACCAACACCACCUACCUGGAGGACUCUCAGCCCACGCACGAGAUCACCAUCAGGGUGGAUGAGUCGGAGAGCCUCUCCCCGGGGGGCGGCGGCCAUGACCAGGAGACGGACCGCUUCCUGUCCACGGGGACCGCCGGGCGCCGCGUCUCCUUCAACGAGGCGGCGCUCUUCGACCACAGCAAGAAGGCCCAGGAGAAAGGUCGCAGGUACACCCUCACCGAGGGGGACUUCCACCACCUGAAGAACGCCCGGCUCACCCACCUCCACAUCCCCGCCCCCGCCCUCAAGAUCCUCACCAUCCCCGAGUGCGACUCGGCCGAGAACACCAUCACCAUGGCAACGCGGCCCGCCACCAAGUCCGCCCUCUCCAUCUUCCAGGUGACGGGCCUGACCCCGCUCCCCAUGCUGUGCCCCCUGUCCCAGGCUGCUGUGGGCAGCCUGAGCCCCAGCUCCCGGCUGCCUGGGGACCCCUUCCACCCCGCGGCGGACCCCGGCUUUAACCGGACCCCCCCAGCCCCCAGCACCAAGCAGCGCAGCACCAGCUCUAUCGAGAUCCUGGGGGCCAUGAGCCCCACCGGCUUGGGUCUGGCCGAGGCGGGGUCCGGGGGCCUGCCCGGUGACGGGGGCGCCCAGGGGCCCGUGCUCCAGUUCUUCACCAAGCUGCGGCGUCACGCCAGCCUGGAGGGCGCCAGCCCGUACUUCAAGAUCAAGAAGUGGAAGCUGGACAGCAGUCAGCGCGCCUCCAGCCUGGACACCAGGGGCUCCCCCAAGAGACGGCAGUUCCAGCGGCAGCGAGCGGCCAGCGAGAGCCUGGACCAGGAGGACAACGCCGCGCACCACGACGACCUCGUUCAGUACAUCGCCCGCACGCAGGACGCCCGCCGUCCCUCCCCCGCGACCACCCCGCCUCCACCAUCACCCUCCCUCGGCAGGUUAGAGGUGGAGGUCAUGGUGGAGCCGCGUCGCAGCCCCGGUGGUCCAGGGGUGAUCGGCCUCUCCCCAGACCCCCAGGACGAGGCGCCGAGCCUGGCCGCCGGGGACAGCGGCGACCCCCCGGACCCCCCGGAGCCCCCGGACUCCCAGGCCGUGUACCGAGACAUCUGGAACCUGCGCGCCUCCCUGGAGCAGUACGCCGCCUCGGACCAGAGCAGCAGCAACAACGACCGCAGCUCCGUCUGCAGCGACGCCGACAGCGUGUGCUCCCUGGGGGGCCGCCCUGAGACGGCCCGGGGGGGGCUCCCCAGCUACCCGUCCCAGGAUCUGGGGGACGAGGCGGAGGAAGGGCAGGAGGCGAAGCCUUCGACCGGGUCGAGGGCGGAGGCAGCGGAGCCGGAGGUGAAGAGGAAGAAGAAGAGGCAGGGGGGCAGCGUGGACUCGGAGCGGGGGGGCACCGGCGACGGGGUGCCGGGGAACCGGAAGCUGCUGCAGAUGGACAGCGGCUACGCCUCCAUCGAGGCGCCGUGCCGCGGCACGGAGGAGCUCCGCCUCUUCGGGGCGGGCGCCGACGGCGGCAGCGCCCAGGACCGGAGCGCCCUGGAGCGGCGGCACCACUUCACCAGCGCCGGCCGCAGCAGCACCGUCGGCGAGAGCUUCGAGUCGUCGCACCUCUUCGAGGAGGAGCCGGAGGCGGAGCUGUCGGCGGCGGCGGCGGCGGUGGGCGGGGCCACCGGCGGGGUCGCAAUAGCGACGGGCGCGGGUCCCCUGGGCUGGGCGCCGUACGGCCAGAUGUUCACGGCCCGCGAGACGGCCCAGCCUGCGCCGGCGCCACCGCCGCCGGCCCAACCACCGCCCGUAACCCUACACCGCCGCGACUACAGCAUCGACGAGCGGACCGACGCCCUCUUCCACGAGUUCCUCCGCCACGACCCCCAGUUCGACCAGCAUGACUCCCCCGCCAAGAAGCACCGCUCCCGCGUCCACCUGCGCAAGCAGUGGCAGCGCCACAAGCAGUGGAGCGACCCCGGCGUGCGCCACUUCCACUCGUCCUUCGAGCGGCAGCGCACGCCGCUGCGCCGCGGCGACAGCGUCAGCUACCUGUCGGACGCCAGCUACCAGCUCACCCUCCCCCGCAUCGUGAGCGCGCCCGACGACGAGGCCAGCGACGGCAGCGCCAGCGCCCCCGGGACGCCCAAGCUGUCGGCCGCCACGGCGGCCGUGAAGACCCAGGAGGAGGGGGGGGCCCUGGGGGAAGGGGGCGGCGACGGAGGCCAGGAGACCCAGCCUCCUCCUCCUCCUCCUCCUCCUCCUCUACAUCGCUCCGUCUCGGAGACAGAGGGGCGGCCGGAGGAGGGCCCCGGCCUUCAGGAGGACCGGGGCCGCUCGAUCUCCCCGCCCUCGCUGCCGGACUCCCGGCGCUACGGCCCGCAGACCUUCACGGCCGAGCUGACGGACAAACUGGCGGCCGGCCUCGACGAGAGGCUGUACGCGGGCCUCCGGCAGACCAGGGACUCGGCGGCGGCGGCGGCGGCGGGCCACAUAACGUCCACGGUGGGUUACGUAGACAGUUUAGAUGACGUCAGACUUGGCUGCGUCACCUGGCUCCCCGAGGCAGGGGAGAACUCCUCUCCGCUUCGCCUCAGUAAUUACAACCGAGACGGAAGCCAGAGACCCCAGUCCCUCAGUCUGCUGCACUGCAUCACCGACGGACCGCCAGUCAGGCACACGCACGGGGUGAACUCUUUCCAGAUGAACACGGCAGAACAGAGCGGCAUGAACACCACCACCACCAGUCCAGCGGGUCCGGUUGAUGGAGUGGGCAGCAGUGAUGUAGGUGGGAAAGAGCCACUCUCGCCCGCCGCCGUGGGGUCCCGGUGUGGGGGGCUGAUCCACCGGACGAGACAGGAAGAGGAAGAGGGUCCGGACAUACCCAUCUGCGGCUGCCUUCCAGCGCGGCCUGGGGGAGGGGGAUGGGGGUGA